UGAUAACAAAUCUGGUGGUUGUUUUGUUUUUGUAAAUAAUAAGUUGGGCAAACCUAAACUCGAAUAGACGGCAAGAGCGAGUACGCCCCCACGACUGAACGUGAGAGACGGAAGAGAGAGACGGAUCGAGACCCGAGCGACCACUCUCUUUCCACCAACCACCAGACAGGGCAUUCGAGUCGAUGGCCUUGGACGCUCAGUUGUACACGCCGGUUAUUCCUUCUAAAAUGGAAUCUUCACUUGAAAAAGACUCUGGUUUUGAGGACAAUUUCGAUCCAUACUCAACCUUUAACCAACAAAAUGGAGUUAAACGACCUAAGGCUAAACCAGUCCUGCAGAGGGGAAAAUCAGAGGAUUAUUUGGCUGCACUGGCAUUAAGGACUGUUGGAAGAAAUUUUGCUAGAUUGGUUUGGGUGGAUCUACCAGGAAUGAACCUGUGCUGCAAAGGACUAAUGGCAGGAAGGAAAAAUAAUGUGUUCAAAGAUUUUGGAAAUGGAGGAGAGCAAAGAGAGACCUGUAGUUUACAAUUUUUUUUUCCGCGGGUGGGGAGGCGUCAACUUUGUGAAUUGGGCAUUAGCUUUCUUCCAUUGAUCUGGGUAAUUACCUUCAAGUAUUGAUUAAUCGAAGAUUUUUUUUUAAAGGAAAAGCAAGUAAGACAGCCCCGAUUUUUAAGAUAACAUUACUGAGGCCUUCGCAGCUAUCUGCCUUAUGUACACAGAACUUAGAAAAACGGUCAGUUACUGCAUUGAUGCUGACAGCAUCCAGCAUAUAUUCAGAAGUAUCUAGGUUUGAUUAAGCAUUUUAUUACUAUUUAGUUUUCAUGCUACACUUGCAUGGUGCAACACUCUUCAGAUAA